AAGCUGUUAAAAUAGAAACGCGGGCUCAAAUUAAGACAAAACCCUAGUCUCUUCUCUGUCUGAACCAAGGCGGCGUUAAAAAGCUGUGAGAAAAAAAUCGAGCUAACAAUGGCGGGAGGGAAGAUAAGGAAGGAGAAGCCAAAGGCACCAUCAAACAAUUACCAAGGAGGAAUCUCCUUCCACAAAUCGAAAGGACAGCAUAUCCUCAAGAACCCUCUCCUCGUCGACUCAAUCGUCCAGAAAGCAGGGAUCAAGAGCACCGACGUGAUCCUCGAGAUCGGUCCAGGUACUGGUAACUUGACUAAGAAGCUUCUAGAAGCUGGUAAAGAGGUCAUCGCCGUCGAACUCGAUUCUCGUAUGGUUCUCGAGCUUCAGCGCCGUUUCCAAGGCACUCCCUAUUCUAACCGCUUGAAGGUGAUCCAAGGUGAUGUGUUGAAGACGGAGCUUCCACGGUUCGACAUAUGUGUGGCUAACAUUCCUUAUCAGAUAUCAUCUCCUCUUACGUUCAAGCUUCUCUUCCACCCGACGAGCUUCAGGUGCGCUGUGAUCAUGUACCAGAGAGAGUUCGCGAUGAGACUCGUUGCCCAGCCUGGAGACAACCUCUACUGCCGUCUCUCAGUCAACACUCAGCUGUAUGCUAGAGUCUCCCACCUCCUCAAAGUGGGGAAAAACAACUUCCGACCGCCUCCGAAGGUGGAUUCUUCUGUCGUUAGGAUCGAGCCGAGGAAGCCGCAGCCUCAGGUGAACAAGAAGGAGUGGGACGGGUUCUUGAGGGUCUGUUUUAUCAGGAAGAACAAGACUCUGGGAGCGAUUUUCAGGCAGAAGUCUGUUGUUUCGAUGCUGGAGAAGAACUUCAAGACUCUUCAGGCGGUGCUAGCUUCGUUGAAUGGCUCUACUGGAGAAGCUGCUGUUAUGGAUGUUGGUGACCAGAGCAUGGGUUUGGAAGAUGAUGACAACGAGAUGGAGGAUGAUGAUGAGGAUAUGGAGAUGGAGGAAGGACAAGGAGGAGGAGGAGGAGAGUUUAAGGAGAAAGUGAUGAAUGUGUUGAAGGAAGGUGGGUUCGAGGAGAAGAGGUCUUCAAAGCUAUCACAACAAGAGUUUUUGUAUCUUCUUUCCUUAUUCAACAAGUCUGGUAUUCACUUCUCAUAAAAGUUUUUGUCCCUUCUUAUUGUUUCUUCGUCAAAGGAGAAAGUGUACCCUGUCUCUUUGUCCUUGAUAGUUUUUUGAGUUAUUGACUACUAUGGAGUCUUGCUUUGAGUUUACAAAGAAAUGAGAAAAAUUGAUUAAGUUAUUA